AUGACUACUAUUGAUUGGUAUUUGGAUAGGUUUGUAGGUAAGCAUGUCAGAGGAGGACAUUCAGCCCCUUGUUUGUGAUAAUGGAACUGGAAUGGUGAAGGCUGGUUUUGCGGGAGAUGAUGCUCCAAGGGCUGUUUUUCCAAGUAUAGUUGGUCGUCCCCGCCACACUGGUGUCAUGGUUGGCAUGGGGCAGAAAGAUGCAUAUGUUGGUGAUGAGGCACAGUCCAAGAGAGGUAUCUUGACUUUGAAAUACCCAAUUGAACAUGGAAUUGUCAGCAAUUGGGAUGACAUGGAAAAGAUUUGGCACCAUACCUUUUACAAUGAACUCCGUGUAGCCCCGGAAGAACAUCCAGUUCUACUUACAGAAGCCCCUCUCAAUCCUAAGGCUAAUAGAGAGAAGAUGACACAGAUCAUGUUCGAAACUUUCAAUGUCCCAGCCAUGUAUGUUGCCAUCCAGGCUGUCCUUUCUCUUUAUGCAAGUGGUCGUACCACAGGUAUCGUCCUGGAUUCUGGUGAUGGUGUAAGCCACACUGUACCAAUCUACGAAGGAUAUGCCCUUCCACAUGCCAUUCUCAGGCUCGAUCUUGCCGGCAGAGAUUUAACUGAUGCCCUUAUGAAGAUCCUGACAGAGAGAGGUUACUCAUUCACCACGACCGCCGAACGGGAAAUUGUCCGGGACAUCAAGGAGAAGCUUGCUUAUGUGGCUCUUGACUAUGAGCAGGAGCUCGAGACUGCAAAGAGCAGUUCUUCUAUUGAGAAGAGUUAUGAAUUGCCAGAUGGCCAAGUCAUCACCAUCGGUGCUGAGCGUUUUAGAUGCCCAGAGGUUCUUUUCCAGCCAUCCCUCAUUGGUAUGGAAGCUGCUGGUAUUCAUGAGACCACCUACAAUUCUAUCAUGAAGUGCGACGUAGAUAUCAGGAAGGAUCUGUAUGGCAAUAUAGUUCUUAGCGGCGGAUCAACUAUGUUCCCUGGCAUUGCUGACCGCAUGAGCAAGGAGAUCACAGCUCUUGCACCGAGCAGCAUGAAGAUCAAAGUGGUUGCACCUCCAGAGAGGAAGUACAGUGUCUGGAUUGGAGGAUCUAUACUGGCUUCUUUGAGCACAUUCCAGCAGAUGUGGAUAUCCAAAGCAGAAUACGACGAAUCUGGCCCAGCCAUUGUCCACAGAAAGUGCUUUUAAGUUUCAGGGUUGCGUAUUCGGUUUCCAUAUUUUUCAAUUUUAUGUAUUUAUAGCAGAUUGCUUUGGCUUGCUAUGGUUUACUGCGAUGUAUGAAUUUUUUUUAUUUUCCUUGCAUGUAUUAGCCCUUGUCUUGCAUCUCUCUUUUGAAAGACUCAUUGCUGCAAUACAAAAAAUUAGCUUGUUGCUAAUAUUUUUUCA